GGUAAGUCUUACCCCUUUAAAGGUACAUUCCCUCCUACGUGGAAUCCAUUGGCCUACCUGGACUACAACAACCUAUGGAGGACCAUGGAUGAAAUGGGAAAGGAGAUUCCCAGUGAAGCCCCAUGGAAAGCUCCACAUGCUGAAGAAUGGGAUAAAAUGACUAUGCAAGAUUUCAUAGAUAAAACUUGCUGGACAAAUGCUGCCAAGAGUUUUGCAACUCUGUUUGUGAAUGUGGAUGUCACUUCUGAACCCCAUGAGGUCUCUGCCCUUUGGUUUUUGUGGUACGUGAAGCAGUGUGGAGGGACAACAAGGAUAUUCUCAACAACCAAUGGAGGACAGGAGAGGAAGUUUGUUGGGGGCUCUGGCCAGAUCAGUGAGAAAAUAAUGGAGCGCUUGGGAGGCCGGGUGAAGCUGAGGAAGCCAGUGGUCCGCAUCAGCCAGUCGUGUGAAAGUGUCGUAGUAGAAACCUUAGAUCAUGAAUUAUAUGAGGGCAAAUAUGUGAUCAGUGCCAUUCCCCCAGCUCUUGGUUUGAAGAUUCAUUUCAACCCACCUUUGCCCCCACUGAGAAACCAGCUCAUCAACCGAGUCCCCAUGGGCUCAGUCAUCAAGUGCAUUGUGUACUAUAAGGAAACUUUCUGGAGGAAGAAGGGUAUUGCAUUUUAA